AUGGUCGAUGUGCGAUUUCCUCCAGGACUUUCCCUUCUAAUCAUCUUGCCCAUAUUCAUGGUUAACACGAUUCAAACGGUGACAGGAACUUUGAAAAGAGCGGAAAAUGCCUCCGAUUCUGGAGCCGUAGAGCCAUCAACGCCCACUCAUUCUGUACCAUCCAACAUCGACUCCAAAUCUCCAUCCUCAGAAACUCCAGCACCUUCAGCCCCUUCUUCAUCAACUGCAAUCCUUGCCUUCAAUGCUCGAAGCGACUCCAUUGCUCCAGGAGACGUCAUCGAAAUCCUCACUGAUCAAAAGAACCGUGAUGACCUUGACAUUCUGAAACUCUGUCAUUUCAACAGUUCCCAAGAUGUUCAAAGAGAGAUGAUGCGGUACAAAAAACAUUUCAUCAGUUUUCAUCCUACCGCAGCAAUGAAUCAAGGAGCUGAAAGACGGGAUGCCAGUGUGAAAAAAUGUCUUGAGGACAGAGACAAGAGCAUCGAAGAGUUUUGCGGGACUCCAGCAUGUGAAUGGGCUUUAUAUUGGACCAAGCCACCUCCAUCCUUCGUCCGUCGGUUAUCCGUUUUCAAGCUUAAAAUUGCUCUAUUUGCUUUUAUAAUUUUUUUUUCCGCCAUCGCUAACACAUGCACCAAGUUCAACGAGGACGAAUGUCUCACCAAGAACCGGAUUCGACUCCUCUGUUGCCAGGACGAGAUGGACUGA